AUGUCCUAUCCUCAGCCACAAUCAUCAUUGCAUUAUCAACAGAAAAAUAGAAUAGUACAUCGAAAUACAAAUGCCUUCGAACCAAAAUCUUUACCACAACGAUCAAAAUGUAAACCAAAGAAUUUACUUCAUCCUUAUAGAAUAUCAAAAGAUCGUCAUAUGAAUGACACUAAUACUUCUAAAGAAGAAAUGAUAAACAAAAUAAUAUCUAUAGAAUCUGCAGAUCAUGAAGUAGAAUUUUAUAUGGUGAAAAAACCAACAACGAUUGUAGGACGUCAUCAUUCAUCACAAAUGGCUGAUGGUGAUAAAAAAAAUGAGAUUAUUCUAGAAAAUUCUUUUGAUGAAUUUCAACAACAAAGAUUUACUAAUGAUCAAGAACAUAUUAUCGAUAUGAUGUAUAAAGAUAUAAUACGACCAGUACCAUAUAAACCAACUGUCAACAACCGAUUGAAAACGUCGUUGGAUUUGAAGUCAUUGAAAAAUCCGAUUUCACAUUUACCUUCUUCUCAAAUUUGUCAAUCAACAUUACCAUUAAAUCGUACUUCUACAUGGCGUAAACUUCAAGCAAAUAUUACCCCAUCGCAUUAUGAUCGUAUUCAACAAUUUCAACGAGAUCUUCAGCAACAAUAUCAUUCAUUAUCAACUAUUCAUCCUAUUAUGCUAUCACCUCUUCAUAAACGGUCAGAGAUUGAUAGCUCUCAACCAUCAAAAGUUAUCUCAAAUAUUACCGAUUCUUAUGUAUCAUAUACAUCAUUAUCUAUUGAUUCUCCGACUAAUUUAUCCAAUUCAAGUGCUGACCAUAGAAUUAUUCAAUCGAUUGAUGUAGAUCAAAAAUUUGUUGAUAAUGAUGAUAAUUCGAAUACAAUGAAUCCAGUCACACAUUCACUUGAAACAGCACAUCAAUUAGAAAUAUAUCCUACAGACAAUAUAGCGAUUGAAAAUAAAAAAAAAUAUCUUAAUCAGACAAUACCGAAUUCUCCAUUAACAUUGUCUAAUAAUGAUAUCAAAGAUGAUUCUUCUACAAAUAUGUUAGUACAAAUAACACCUAACGGAUCAUUAUUACACGAUACUGAGAAUAUCGAAGAACUUCCAACUUUUAUUGAAAUAUUAUCUCCAUCACAAGUUCCAUCUAUUUUUCUCAACAAUAUUCUAUCUUCAUUUUUUCCAACCAUGUCAACACAACUUGCUUCAACAUCAUCGAACAAUAAUCUUCUUGACUUCCAUUCUCAUCAUUAUAUUAAUAAUGAUAUCAGUCAAACACCAUACAUAUUAUUUGAUGCUACUGGAAAUAUGACUGAAAUUUUAAGUGUUGAUUCACUAUCAUCAUCACCAUUUGUUGAAUCUAACAUUGUUGUCGAAAAUCAUCAACCAAAAAAAGUUCAUUCACUAUUCGAAUCUAUAGAAGAACUAUGUAUAUUAAUUCGAACACUUCUUCAACAUGAAUUAACUGAACAAAAGAUAACAUCUCUACGAGUAACAAUCGCUAGUCAACUUGCUAUCUUAUUAACCUAUUUAGCAAUACCUAAUAAUGAAAAGAUCAUAUCUGAAUUGAUGACGAAGAAGAAUACUAACGAAAAAAUGAUAUCGACCAAUGAAAAUGAUUGUUCUCAAUUUUCAACUGUUGAAACACAAACUGAUAUUGAGUGGACUCUUCAAUUAAAUAAUCAAAAAGUAUUCGAGUCUGCCAAUCAUAUACAUUUUCAUACUGAACCAAUUCAUAAUAUACUUGAGUUUUCAAUGCAUAAAUCCUCAUCGUUUGAAAUGAAACAAGAAGAAAUUAUUAAUACAUCAUUAUCAUCACAAAAAGUAACAAGUCACACAGAAUUAAUGUCAACAAGUGUUAGUUUUCAUUUACCUGGUCAUCGAUUGAAUCAUGCUUUUUCAGAUACAUUUAUUUAUCAUAUUCAUCAUCAUCAACAAUAUUCAUCUUCUUAUCAUCAAUUAAUUUCAUAUUCUGAAACAACUAUUAAUUCAUUAAUACGUCGUUUUCAUCAUCGUUGGACAAUAAAAGAAGAAACGAAACAUUUAUUUAAACGUAUUGAACAAAAAUUUCAACAUUAUAUUGAAUUAGAUUCUUCAAAUACAUGUUUAGAAGUUAGUACAGAAUUUACACCAGAUUUUCUUUUAACAACGAUCAAUAAUUCAAAAUAUUAUGACGAAAAUGAUGAUGAUCAAACAGAACAAUUUGGUAUUGAUACUGAAAAACAAGAUUAUCAAACUGAUACAAUAUCUUUAGCUACCAAUGAACAACAAGAUAAAAUCGAUACAUUUACAUCUAAUUCGACUGAAAAAGAUAAUUAUGAUAGUCUAGAUUUUGAUAUUGAACAAGAUAGUGAAGAACAUCUACUGUGCACUUCAAUUGAUAUUUAUCAAUCAAAUCAAUGUUCAUUUAAUGAAUCGAAUGUUGAAGAAGAUAGUAUACCAAAAAGUUCAGUGAUUGAGAUCAAUUAA